GCCUUGUGUCACUCUAGUGUCAGGCAGCAGGAGGGAAGGAACACUUCAGAAAGAAAGAGCAAAUGACUAAGAUCCCUUUUGGACCCUUUUCUGCUUCUUCUUCUUAUUAUUAUUAUUAUUAUUAUUUUUAACAAACCGAUUUUGGAAUCUACAACCACUUAUGUCCCUGAUUUCUGUCUAAUUUUUUUCCUGUGUUUUUAUAUUUAUUCAUUUCUGGCACUACUGGAUACAUCAUGUCUCUAGCAACCUGCAAUGUCGAUGCUACCGUGUGCUCUGGCACAUCCUGCCUGGUGCCAGACAGUAACUUUAACAGUAUCCUCAGUACGGUCUUGAGCACCGUGCUCACUGUCAUGCUAGCCAUGGUCAUGUUUGCCAUGGGCUGCACGGUGGAAGUGCACAAGCUCUGGGCGCACAUCCGCAGGCCAUGGGGGAUCUUCAUUGGCUUUCUCUGCCAAUUUGGCAUCAUGCCCUUCACUGCAUUCGCCUUCUCGCUAGCCUUCCAGGUGCUUCCCAUACAGGCUGUGGUCAUCUUAAUCAUGGGCUGCUGUCCUGGAGGUACCAACUCCAAUGUCAUCACCUACUGGCUGGAUGGAGACAUGGAUCUCAGUAUCAGCAUGACAACAUGUUCCUCCAUCUUGGCCCUGGGGAUGAUGCCACUUUGCCUGCUCAUCUACACUUCAGUCUGGAUCUCAGCUGAUACCAUCCAGAUUCCUUAUGACAGCAUAGGCAUUACGCUGGUGUGUCUGCUCGUACCUGUCUCUUUGGGAAUCUUUGUCAAACACCGCUGGCCCAAGGUGGCGAAAAAGAUCCUGAAGUUUGGCUCUGUUGUGGGCAUCCUUCUGAUUAUCAUCAUUGCUGUGGUGGGUGGUGUGCUGUACCAGUCCUCAUGGAUAAUCGCUCCUUCUCUGUGGAUAAUUGGAGCAGUCUACCCACUCGUUGGCUUUGGCCUGGGCUUUCUGCUGGCUCGAUUUGUAGGACAGCCCUGGUACAGGUGUCGCACUAUUGCACUGGAGACAGGCUUCCAGAACUCACAGCUGUGCAGCACAAUUGUCCAGCUGUCCUUCGCUCCUGAGGAAUUGGAGGUCAUGUUCUCUUUCCCCUUGAUCUACAGCAUCUUCCAGCUUGUUGUAGCCAUGAUGGCCAUUGGAAGUUACCAGCUGUACAAGAAGCACUUUAAAGGAAAUUUGUCUGAGGAAGACAGCGAGAGGGCUGAUGGAUCUGCUGACACUGCCUCGUGUAAAGGCAAGCACGAGUGUGCUUUGGACAAUGGAGGAUUUCAGAGUGAUGAAAAUGGGAACACUGAAGGCAAGGGAACAGUCACUCAGCUAUGAGCUCGCAUCAGGCUCUAUCUCCAUAUGAACUGCCUUCUGCUGGCAGAAGGGUAUUUACUGCCAGCACUGUUUUGCCCCUGGCUGCCGGAAUGAACUGCCUGUUCAGACAUGUUAUUUAUUAGUAUUCACAAGUCUCUGGACAAAGUGGUUUGGUGGCAGGGAAAGCAGAGUGUAAUACCUGAGUGUGUCAGUACAAAGAGUUCUCUAACAGCAUUUUACUUUAUGAGUAAUGUGAAUUUAAGAGCACCAGUACUAGAUUAUUCUUAUAACUCAUAUCAUCUUUACAGCCUCACUGCUCCAGCAUAUACUCGUUCAUAAACUAAUUAGUUUCAGUAAAAAUAAAAACAAUCCAUUUCUACAGUAAAUGAUCAUGUACUAAUUUAUACAGACACACUGAGGUUGCUGGGUUUUUUUAAUUUUCUUUGGAAAGUAAUGGACACUUGAACCCAUGAUUUAAUAUGUUGUGGGAUGUUUAUAUAUGAGAUAUUUAAUACAUGGCCUCUAUUUAUAUUUGGUGGGACUAGGCAAAAAACUUUUGUUCACUUUGAGAAUUUGUCUGAACGUUGAACUUAUCGCUCAAGAUUAGAUGCAAAAGUUCCUUAAUUUUCACCAUUACAUGAGUGUGCAGCAAUGUUUUAGAUAUUCUUUAUAUAUUUUUGACUUUUGAUACCAGUGUUCAGUGUUUUCAGCCUUUUAUGUUCUAACUGUGCAUAUGCGUAAAUAAGUACAAUUACUUUUGUUGAAAGAUUACUUCGGUAUUUUUAGUAAACAGGUAUGAGCUGGACCUAAAAGAGCAAACAGGGUUUUAAUUUAACAAUAUAAUUUGUAUUUAAGUGAAAGAUUUAGAUACGUAAUUAACAUUCAUUCAUUACAUCUUCAUUUCAUUUAACAAAAUAUUUUUAAUAACAGUUAUUUUGAAACUGCAAAAUAUUUUUCAUAUUUUAUAUUAAAUUAUGAUGUUAUAAUUUUUUUUGUAAAAACAGAUCAUUACUCACGAGAAAAGAAAAGAAAAUAUUAAGUGAAGGAUAUAAAUAUGAUCUCAGACGUAGCAUUGUGGAUAUUUUAAAUAGCAUGCGAUUAAUACAAGCCGUUUAGACAUGCACGCAAUUGAUUAGAUUCUAAUUAGCUGUCUUAUUAUUCA